AUGGCCGCCUCCCUGAACCGGAUGAAUCAGAUCACAAGUUUACAGCCUCAAACCGGGCCGUCUGCCAUGGAAUCCCUUCGCAAAUGCACCUUUCUUCUCAUAGUCGUGUCUUUACUCUGUCGACUAUCGCUAGCGGACGAUUUCGAGCUGGAGGAAUUCUUGAAACGGGAAUAUUCUCUCAUCAAACCGUAUCGAGGGGUGGUGGGGUGGUGGGUGGUGUUGGAUUUGAGUGUUGAUGGGUUGGGGGAAGGGGUGGAGAUAUUGGGGUGGGGUGUUAGGUGGUGUGGGGGGGUGGGUAAAUGGGGGAAGGAAGAUGUGGUAAAAGAUAAUAUGGGGGAGGGGGGGGGGGGUGGGGGGGGGUUUGGGGGGGGGGGGGGGGGGGGGGGGGGGGGGGGGGGGGGGGGUGUUAGGGGGGGGGAGGGGGGGUGGGGGAUGGGGGGGGGUGGGAUGGUUUGGUGGGGGGGGGGGUUUUUGUGGGGGUUUUGGGGGGGGUUGUGGGGGUGGGUGUGUUGGGUGUUUGUUUUGGGGGGGUGGGGGGUGAUAGGGAGGUGGAUGUUAAUGGGAAUGUAUGAUUUUGGGGAGAGGGGGGGGGGGGGUGGGGGGGUUGGGGGGGGGGGAGUUGGUUGUUUGUGGUGUUUGGUGUUUUUGGUUUGUUGGUUGGAGGUUGUGUUGGGUGGUUGUGGUUGUGUGGUUUUGUUAUUUGUUAAUGGGGGGAUUGUAAUUUGGGGUGGGGGUUUUGGUGUUAUUGUUGUUGGGGGGUGUGUUGUGUUUGGUUUGGUGUUGUUGUUGUUGUUGUUUGUUUUGUGGGGGGGGGGGAAUUGA